AUGUCUCUUGAGGUCCGCUGGAUCAGUGGUCACCCAGUUGAGGUUGUAGGGACGAUGAAUGACAAGAGGUUCCAGCAGUCCCCCUGCACAAACAGUGCAGAUUCUUCAGGGUUUCCAUCUUCACUUCUAGUGGAUGAGACAUCCUCACAUUCAUCAUCAUCAUCAUCAUCUUCGGCAUCACCCUCAUUGCAGUCAGCAUCGGCUUCAAGCUCUCCGUUGACUCCACCACCGACACCACCGACCCUCUUCUCACCCUGUCAGGUGAUAUUCAGAGAGGCAGUUCAGAAUGGAGACACAAUUGAGCUCCAACGAAUACUGGAGGAGAGGGAUGGCAAGAUUAACGUCAACCUCUUUGACAAGGAGGGGCAGACGGCCCUGCACCACAGCUGCUUUAACGGCAACCUUGAACUUGUUAAACUGUUGGUGCGCUUUGGUGCGGAUGUCCGCCUGGCCAACAGGGACGGGUGGAACCCUUUACACAUAGCUGCGUAUGGGGGUCACAAUGAUAUCUUCUUGUUCUUGAUGACAGUUCCGAGUCGAAGGUCAUAG